AUGAGCUAGUAAAUAACUAAAUAGGAGAUAGAAGCUCUAGAAAAAGAAGAAGAUGAUACAUGGUGGAGAGCGGGAGAAAGAGAUAAUUUUGAUUUAAAUAAAAAGCUUCUAAGAGUUGGUUGCAGACCAAUUUACAGAAAGCUGAUAUUAUGCUAAAAGGAACAAGCAGGAAACAAUUAAAAUUGCACACAACAUAAACAAGAGGUAGAUAAAUGUCUCUAAAUGCUCAAAUUUGUUUAUGCCACUCAAAAAAAUUGA